AUGCCACCAAGAGCAACGAACCAAGCCUCAUUACCCGAAGGCGAUGGCCUUACGUAUGAUGAAUCCGACAUGGCACUCUUUCGCGCCAAACUCGCCUACCACUCCACCAUUGAGGCCCGCAUGGCAUCAAGAGACACCAACCUGGUCUCUAUCGCCGAACACCAAGGCCGUCUGCUCAAACGUUGGGAUCUGUUGAAAUCCCUGGAGAAAGAAAUGGCGGAGAAAGGCAAAAGCCUAGAUCCUGCAGAAAAACAACAGCUGGCCCAAUACGCAUGGCGGUACAAGACAUUGGAGAAGCUAGCCACGACCAAAAGCACCGCCUGA